GAGCCGGCCGCGGCGGGGACGGGAAUUUCAAAACAAGCUGCGGCGGGGGAGGAGGGCGGGGGAAGGCGGGAGCCGCGCCGGAGCGUGUCCAAGAUGGCGAGCAUGCUGUCCAGGCGUCUGGGGAAGCGCUCUCUGCUUGGCACCCGUGUCUCUGCCCCUGGCGCCUUGGCUGAUGGGGUGCUGGUGGCCACCCACGUCCCUGGCUUGCAGACUGACCUUGGCCAGGCACCUGCCCACACGGUGCUGCAAGAGGACGGAUCCUGUGUGCCGACAGUGGAGGAGAGCAACCAGGUGCCCAGGUUGCCCGGCCACCGGCAGCCCUGUGCUGGGCAGCAAGUCCUCCUUACCUACAGUGGGCAGGAGUGUGCCGGCCUCGUGGAGCAGCACAGCCAGCUGAGUGACAAGGUGAAGGUGCUGCUGCCAGAGCAGGGCUUGCAGACAUGCUGGAGGGUGCAGGACGUGCGGCUGGCCCCGCUGCAGCCCCCUGCCCUGCCUGCAGCCAGUGCUCCCAGCGCUGCAGAGGUGCUGCAGAGAUCUGUGUCCAGCAGCAUCGAUGUACCCAAGAGGAAAGCUGAUGCUGCUGUGGAGAUGGAUGAGAUGGUGGCAGCCAUGGUGCUGACGAGCCUCUCCUGCAGCCCCGUGGUGCAGAGCCCUCCCGCUGGCGAGAGCGGCAUCCCCCCCUCACGGACAGCCUGCGAUCCCUGGAAGGAGAGUGGUGACGUCUCAGACAGUGGCAGCAGCACUACCAGCGGGCACUGGAGUGGGGGCAGUGACAUCUCCACCCCUUCUCCCCCGCAUCCUGCCGGCAGCCCCAAAUACACCAGCGAGGCCCUGAGCUCUCCCCAGGCUGACGAUGGCUUUGAGACCGACUCCGACCCUUUUCUCCUCGAUGAACCCGCCCCACGCAAGAGAAAGAACUCGGUGAAGGUGAUGUACAAGUGCCUGUGGCCGAGCUGUGGCAAGGUCCUGCGCUCCAUCGUUGGCAUCAAGCGGCACGUCAAGACUCAGCACCUUGGGGACAGUGCAGAUUCUGACCAGUGGAAGCGGGAGGAGGAUUUCUACUACACUGAAGUGCAGGUGAAGGAAGAGACAGUGCCAGAGGCGGUGGCCACUGCCAGCCCCACAUCUGUGUCUGCUCCCAUCAUCAUCCAGCAAGCCCUUCCAAAGCCAGAGGCGCUACUGGUUGAGCAGCCAAUGCUGGAGCCCACCCUGGCCAGCAGCACCCUGAGCCAGUCAGCACCCAGCUCCUUUUGGCACAUCCAAGCUGAUCAUGCCUACCAGGCGUUGCCCUCAAUCCAAAUUCCAGUGUCCCCUCACAUCUUCACCAGCAUCAGCUGGGCCACUGCCACUUCGACUCUCCCAUCCCUGUCACCGGUGCGGAGCCGGUCACUCAGCUUCAGUGAGCCCCAGCCGCCAACACCAAUGCUUAAGUCCCACCUGAUCGUCUCCUCACCACCCAGAGUGGCCAUCAGCACCAGGAAAGUCCGUGGUGAAGCCAAGAAGUGCCGUAAGGUGUACGGCAUCGAGCACCGGGACCAGUGGUGCACGGCCUGCCGGUGGAAAAAAGCCUGCCAGCGCUUCCUGGACUGAAACAGCACUCUGCUGCCACCUCCCUCCCCUGCUUCUGCCCGGGGAGCACCAGAGGCCCUCACUGCUGCAACCAAGGACCUUGGAGGGACCUCCUGUGAGCCCAGAAGACACCUCCAGAGCUGCGUGUAAAUUCCUCCUCCCGUGUGUUGUACACCUGCUGGGUUUGCUCUUUUCGUACAAACUUUUUUCCAACUUUUUGGUGGUUUUUGUGUUUUGAUUUUUAAACCUGAAGAAUUCUCUCCCUUUGCACGGUAAAAGGUGGGCCUGGGAGUGAAGGAAGCGGCUUCCUUUGGCUUUGAGGUGAGAUUGUAGGCAAUCUGGUGACCAAAGACCUUCCUGUAUUUCCCAGAUCAGCCCUAAAAUCUCCUGAACUAUCAACAGUGUGGCUGGGGUGAGACAUCAAAGCAGCUCCUCUUCUCCUUUGGCUACCUAGAAGGCUCAAAUCCCUUGUGCCCUUCAAGGGAGGGGAUUGGUUAAUAGCUUUAAAUAAGCUAUUAAUUAAUAGCUUUAAAAAGGAAAACGUUCUUUGGUUGCAGGUGUGGCAGGAUCAGUUCAUGCGGCAGGAGGUGGAGGUUUCUCUCCCCCUUUGCUUGUGUCCUGUCACACCAGUAACUCGAGCCUGCGUGUACCUCUGGUUUGUUCCAGCAUGUCAGUUU